AUGGGUAGAUCACAAGGAUUAUCCAAAGUAACCCAAGAUGCUUGGUGUCUAACGACGUGGCAGAAACAAAAGGCAAGAGUGAAAUGGCUUAAGGGGGAAGAUACCAACACUGUUUUCUUUCAUGGGGUUAAUAAAGAUAGGACUAAGAAGCUGAACAUACAGAAAAUCAGAGAUGGAGAUGGACAGUGGGUGGAUGGUACUAAAGAUGUGGCAAAAGCAACUGUGAAGUUCUUUGAACAACUCUUCAGUGCUGAAGACAUCUCUGGAGAUUGUGAGGUGUUAAAUGUUGUGAAGAAAGUUGUCACAGAGGAGGACAAUGCAGUCCUUACAGCUUCUACACUGCAGGAAGUAAAGGAAAGUGUGUUCUCAAUAUAUCCAAACAGUACACCUGGUCCAGAUGGUCUCAAUGAAAGGUUCUACCAAACAGCCUGGCCUAUUAUUGCUAAAGAUAUUUAUGAAGCAGGUAUGGCCUUCUUCCUUGGAGCUACACUCCCUAAGUUCUUUACUCAUACAUGCCUUGACAUGUUACCCAAAUUGAAUCUCCUAAACGCUAUACAGAUAUUAGUACCUAUCAGCCUAUGCAAUGUAUCUAGCAGGAUCAUUGCUAGGUGUUAA